AUGAGCUUCUUUAGUUUUGGGCAGAGCGCGGAAAUUGACGUGCUGUUAAACGAUGCCGAGACCCGCAAAAAAGUGGAACAUAAAACGGAAGACGGAAAGAAGGAUAAGUAUUUGUUGUUCUACGAUGGAGAGACGGUGUCCGGAAAGGUGAACGUCACCCUGAGGAAUCCUGGCAAAAAGUUCGAGCAUCAAGGAAUUAAAGUGGAGUUCAUCGGGCAGAUAGAACUGUACUAUGACCGAGGAAAUCAUCAUGAGUUUGUGUCUCUGGUUAAAGAUUUGGCUCGGCCGGGUGAGAUGACACAAACCCAAACCUUUGACUUUGAAUUUACACAUGUAGAAAAACCAUAUGAAUCGUACACUGGUCAGAAUGUGAAGUUGCGGUAUUUUCUGAGAGCAACUAUCAGCCGCAGGUUAAAUGAUGUUUCAAAGGAAAUGGAUGUCGUCGUUCACACCCUAAGUACCUAUCCUGAGAUGAAUUCAUCUAUCAAAAUGGAAGUUGGGAUUGAAGACUGCCUACACAUUGAAUUUGAAUACAACAAGUCAAAGUACCAUUUGAAGGAUGUAAUUGUAGGAAAGAUAUAUUUCUUACUGGUUCGCAUCAAAAUCAAGCAUAUGGAGAUUGACAUCAUAAAAAGGGAAACUACAGGAACUGGACCAAAUGUAUUUCAUGAGAAUGAUACAAUAGCAAAGUAUGAAAUAAUGGAUGGAGCCCCAGUCAGAGGUGAAUCCAUUCCUUUAAGGCUUUUUCUGGCUGGGUAUGAAUUGACUCCAUCUAUGAGGGAUAUCAACAAGAAGUUCUCUGUACGGUACUACCUCAAUCUUGUACUCGUAGAUGAGGAAGAACGGAGAUACUUCAAACAGCAGGAAAUUACUUUGUGGCGAAAAGGAGAUAUAGUUCGAAAGAGUACGUCCCACCAGGCCGUUAUUGCAUCACUGCGCUAUGAAGGGUCAGCAAAUGCUGAAGACAAACCUUUGAUUUCAAAUCAAAAUGCAGAUAACUAG